UGCACCAAACACCGUUUCAUUACAGUUGCUCAGGCAAAACCACAACAUGCAUCAGCAAGAGCUGCAUUUUUUCCAUUCCACGCUCUCCGUCUCUGUCCAUGUUCUCGUACUGCUUUCCAUUAGCCCAUCAUCGUCUUUUAGUGAGAAUAUCGAUUUUGCGCAGUACAUUCCCGCCGAUGACUUACAAGCCAUCCAAAGCGCGGAGAUUAGUGUCGCGCUGUCAAGCGGGACGCCGUUGUACCAGGAUGAUCUGAUUGGGUGCACGGCCGGGGUACAUCCGCCCUGUCCGCUGCAGACGUCCAGGGCGCCGUAUUAUCGGCUGCCGGAUGGGAAUCUGGCCAUUCCCUACAUGGUGGAGCCGGAUGUCGACGAUGCGCUGAUGGAUGACAUUGUCGCCGCCCUGGACGACAUCACCAACCAGACGCAGUGCCUGCGGUUUCUCUCGGUGGACGACGCUGACGCGCUGAAAGUGCCCAACAACCCAACGAUCCGCUUCGCCAGUGGCCAGAGUGGUACCUGCGCCGCGGAGUUUGGGGGCGUGCGUAGUCCCAUGCACAAAGUGUACCUCAGUACCCAAUGCAUCAGUGCCGGCGAACUCGGCCGCAUCCAGCAGCUGCUCAUGCUGGCCAUGGGAUUCCCACAUGAACACGUCCGCAGCGACCGGGAUGAGCAUAUUAUUGUCAACUGGGAUAACGUCAUCCCAGAAAGGAGAAAUGAACUGGAUAAAAACGAUCCGGGAAUAUUCGACACGCUACCCUACGAUUACGACUCGCUUCUACAUCCGGGAUAUGUCUUCCUGGCGCAGGUGGCUAGUAUACCGACGCUGAUGGCUAAAAAUAAAGCGAAAAUUGGUCAACGCCAGCAGCUGAGUGCCGACGACGUGAAGAAGCUGAAAACUGUUAUUUGCCAAGGUUCUACGCAGCAAGCCGCGCCCAGACCAACGCCCACACCCACAAGCAAACCGCCAUCACAACAGGAUUUCAAGUCCGCCAGCAUUGUCACGGUGACCGUCGUCGCCACGAAACCGCAGCCAGGAACCACAUGCGAUAGUGGGGAUCCCUCCUGCGCAACGACCAGCGUUGGCGAGGAACCCAUCCAGCCCUCGCUGAGCCUGCCCGUGCACCACUGCGCCUUCCGGCAGGUGGUCACCCUGCACAACACCCAGACCAUGUCGCGCACCACCCUGUACCCGAUGAAGAAGCGCUUCCAGCACUCCACCAAGUUCUCCACGUGGUGGUUCGGCCAGACCGAAGCCGGUGCGACCAAGGAUUACCUGGCGCAGCCGGUGGAGUACCCGCAAUUCCUAGGUGCCGUUAAAGGCGUGUCCACGCAACUGGCCAAUGAGUACACGCGCAUCUUCCAGACGGAUUAUGAGCCGAGUGUGAUGGAGGAUGGGGGAACGAGGUUGCAGCAGAAGAUCGAGACGCGCAUCAUGGAGUGCAGAGAUCGGCCGUCGUCUUGAAUUAAUGAUGUGGGAACUUGUCAGCGCCGCGCGUUUGUAGUGCCAAUUUUGUCAGAGCCACUCUUGGCUGUAGUUACUACACUGAUUAUCAGUCCUUAAACGGGUCUGCUUGAUUUUUUGAUCUGUCAGUUAUUGCUGCUGUCAAACAGCUCGAAUAAGUCAGAAAAACAUUGACCGAAUAGUGGUAGCAAUAAACUGUCAUCUUUUUUUUAUUCACUAAGGAAGGUUAUGCUUAGCUUCUCGAGAAAACCGUUCCUAAAC